GAUGAGGCGUAGGCAUGCUCAGUAGCUGGUGUCUCCUCCUCAGCAACAGUGCCUACAAUACUAAGAGGCUGUUUGCAUCGGAAGCAGAGCUAGAAAGCCAUCUUUGCUGAGAGUGUGAGAGAGAAAGCCAGAUCAAGCAAGGAACAAUGUCAGCACCAACUCCUUCCCUGGGUGGCAGUGGUGCCCCUGGUCCUGGCGCCGGAGGAGCCCCUCUCCAGACCAAUGUGACUAGCAAUCGAAGGCUUCAGCAGACACAAGCCCAAGUGAAUGAGGUGGUGGACAUAAUGCGGGUCAAUGUGGAUAAAGUACUAGAAAGAGACCAGAAACUUUCAGAGCUUGAUAAUCGGGCAGAUGCAUUGCAAGCUGGUGCCUCACAAUUUGAAACUAGUGCAGCCAAGCUGAAGAGGAAAUACUGGUGGAAAAACUGUAAGAUGAUGAUCAUCCUGGGUGUAGUAUGUGCGGUCAUUUUUAUCAUAAUUAUAAUUUAUUUCUGCACCUGAACCACUGAGGACAAAAGGUUUUGUGUCUUUGUUCAAGUGACCUGUUUUCUGAUAAUCUUUCCCAAUGAAACUUGCUUUUUAAUUCCUCAUAUCUUGAGGGCUGUGAGCCUGCAACCGUAUGUAAGAAUUCCAUGUAGUGUAUUUUGGUAUUAUGUUGUUUCUAUAAGAAACUGGGCCAGAUGAAUACUGCCAACUAGUUCCACAUGUUAGUCUAUCACUGUGUCUUAAAAUGUGCCCAUGCUGACCUUCAAAAACUGUCAUUUUUGAAAAACAACCAUCUUGAAAUUUUCUAAGUUGUAUAGAACUCGUGUUUCAAGGGAACAUCAGAUAGGCUUCAGCAGACAAUUAAGAGGCCAUAAUCUUCAACUGUAGAAUCCUGUACUUAGGUCACAAAAUCUACCUGUAUCAAUUAGAGGGUGAGCUUCAAGAAAGCUGAGUUUCCACUAAGCACAGGAAGGUCACAGGACUUGCAGGACUAUCAGACGUUCUGUAAGCGAGUCCACUUUUAUAUCCACAACCUACAAA